CCUCUACAACCGAACCGCAUCAACGCAACUAUAAAACACUUAUCUCUUUCGUUUAGAUAAUACCAUCUUCUUCUAAUCUUGAUUCUCAAAUGGGAAGCUUCUGUUUACCAUUUGUGCGUCUACUUUAUACCAUCGUCAUCAUCCUUCCCUGUUCCUUCAAUACUGUAAUUUGUACAGACCAUGAGACUCCAUCACUAUUACCUCCAUUAAUCCCUGAACUCUUGAACUUCUCAGACCAAAGACUAUCAUUGAUUUACCCCAUUAUACAAUCCUUCAAGAACAUCAUCACGUCAGAUCCAUUAGGCAUCACCAAAACCUGGGUUGGCGCUGACAUAUGCAAAUACAAGGGCUUCUACUGUGACAAACCACCGGACAAUGUCACCGCCACUGCACUCGCCUCCAUAGAUUUCAACGGCUUCCAACUCAGUGCUCCAACUCUUGACGGCUUCAUAGAUCAACUUCCUGACCUUGCACUCUUUCAUGCUAACUCCAACAAAUUCUCAGGUAUCAUUUCACCAAAAAUUGCAAAUCUCAAAUACCUCUAUGAGCUUGACAUAAGCAACAACAACUUCUUUGGCCCUUUUCCCUUGGCAGUACUCACCAUGAAUAGUCUCUCAUUCUUGGACAUCCGGUACAACUCUUUUACCGGAUCCGUGCCACCCGAAAUUUUCGAGCAAACCCUGGAUGUUCUCUUCCUCAACAACAACAAUUUCAUACAAAAACUCCCUGAUAAUCUUGGUGCUACACCAGCGCUUUAUCUCACCUUAGCCAACAACAAGUUCAUCGGCCCCAUCCCAAAAAGCAUCGGAAGUGCUUCAUCAACUUUGGUAGAAGCGCUGCUCUUGAACAAUUUGUUAACCGGUUGCAUCCCUUAUGAACUAGGGUUUUUGAGAGAUGCCACUGUAAUUGAUGCCGGAAACAACCUGUUGACCGGCCCUUUGCCGUGUUCAUUGGGAUGCUUGGACAAGAUAGAACAGCUCAACUUUGCCGAGAACUUUCUCUAUGGACGAGUGCCGGAGGUGCUUUGUGAACUAGGGAAUUUGGCCAAUCUAUCUCUGUCAAACAACUACUUUACUGGAGCAGGGAUAGCAUGUAGAAAGCUGAUAAAAAAGGGUGUCCUUGACAUAAGAAACAAUUGUAUUCAUGGUCUUGCAGAUCAAAGAUCAGUGGAGGAAUGUGCCUUGUUCUUCUUGACCCCUAAAAGCUGCCUGCGCCCUGAGACAUUUAGUUCAAUUCCUUGUAAGGCUCCACCAAAAUCAAAGAGGAAAUCGGCUCCAUAUUCUGCAGCUCCGAAGCAGAGGUUCUGAAAAUUUGUUGUGGUCAAUUUUUUUUUUUUUUUUUGAGAAGAUUGUUGUGGUCAACUAAGGUCUAGAAAUUAAGAAAGAAAAUAUUAACCAAAUGAAGUUUAGUGUAAUCUUCCGCAUAUUAUUGUUGCGACAAAACGUUAGUGGAAUACUAGUGAUCACUACUAGAUUGUUGAGAGGGAAAGAUAACAUAGUGUACCACCAAGGCAUUGAUUGAAACAAUUAGAAAUUGGCUAGUCUCAUUGGCCAAAAGGAAAAUAAAUAUGGCUAGUGUAAAUGACCCA